AUGUCUUCAAUGGCUGUUCCAGUGAGGAUACCAAACGGACCCUUGUACAUGGACAUAGAUGGCUUUCGUUUGAAUUCUUUCUUCACCUCGGAGGUGUUCUAUAAAGCGGUCAACUACAAACCGGUGCCAGACGAUAAAUUCGUCGCGUCUUUUCCGAAGACUGGUACCACCUGGAUGCAGCAAAUAGUAUAUCUCAUUUUCCACAAAGGGGAGCCACCAAGUACCCCCCAGGAAUUUCAUAGUAACAGCCCUUUUAUUGAUUUGUGCGGUUUCGGCGACGCCAAAGAAUAUUUCAAGUCAAGAUUGCUCAAAACGCAUUUACCUUUCAAUCUCGUACCGAAGAGUUCUGAGGCAAAGUACAUCUACAUGUGCAGAAACCCAAAAGAUACCUGCGUUUCUUACUUUUACCACACACGUCGGUUUUCUUGUUACGAUUUCCAGAACGGCAAGUUUGAAGUAUUCUUCGACGUUUUCAUGAAUGGAGACACCGAUUACGGUGACUACUUUGAUCACGUGUUGUCCUGGUACGAGCACCGUAACGACGGAAACGUUCUAUUCAUCAACUAUGAGGAGAUGAAACAUGACCCAAAGACAUCUGUACUGAAGAUUGCCGAAUUCCUGAGCGAGGAACAUUAUCAGCUGCUUCUUCAGAAUCAGAACAUUCUUGAAAACGUCCUUCACUCUAGUGGGAUACAGUUCAUGAAGGAAGAAGCGAAGGAACUUUUCGAGAAUUUAUACGAAAAACCCUUGGAUGAAUCAACUCCGCCUUUCAUCAGGAAGGGUAUUGUUGGAGACUGGAGAGGCUACCUCAACGAUGAGAUGAACGCGAGGAUGGAACAGAAAAUGUUUGAGAAGCUUUCUGAUACGGAUUUGAUUGAUGUCUGGAAGAAGUAUGGCAACGUGUAUGACACCGCCAGUUAAUCACUGUGAAGGUGUACAUCCUUCACACAUUUCGUGUGGAACGCUUUACGCGAAACAUUUAAUCAAAAUAGCUCGGUAAUUGAACUGGAGAA